GUCGUAUAUUUAUUUCCGCUUUUAAGUGUUAAUUUAGUUUCUUGUAUAUUACAUAAUUAUCUUAUAGAAAUUGUGUAGAAAAUUAAUGACAUCCUUAUUGUAAUAAAUUAUCAAAAUGUGGAUCUGCCCUGAAUGUUUUAUAGAAAAUAGUGCUAACAAUGAAUCGUGUAGUAAAUGCCAUACCAUUAAGCAAGACACGGAUCCAAAAGUACGGCGGGAACAUAGACGUGCAGAUGUAUUAAAAGAUAAGAAGACUAUGUACACACAUCCUGGUCCAUUUGGAUGGAAAUUAUCAAAACACGGCGCAGUAUCAGGCACAACUGACACAGCCAAACAUAUAACUUCGUGUAGAGAUGAUUACAAAGUCGUUGCAGCAUUGGAUUUAGGAACAACAUAUUCUGGUUUUGCAUUCUCGACAAGACAGAAUCCUUUGGACAUACAUCACGUAGAGAAAGUACCUACGUGUUUAUUACUUAGUCCCAAUAAAGAGUUCGUAGGGUUUGGAAACGAUGCAAUCAGGUUAUAUACUGAAUUGGUCAAAACUGGACAACACACUGGUCAUUACUUUUUGCAGAAAUUUAAAAUGGAUCUUUAUGAGAAUGAGCAUAUUUCAACUGAAAUGACGAUACAAGAUAUGUCUGGAAAACCAAUAGAAGCUUUGAUUGUUUUUCGAGAAACUAUUCUGGUUCUCAAGAAAUCCUUGGUAUAUUUUAUAAAAUGUAAAGGCUUAGACGUAAAGAUGGAGGACAUAAGAUGGGUAAUGCCAGUUCCGACCUUCUGGAAUGAUGCUGCGAAACAGUUCUUACGAAAAAGUAUCGACUUUAUUGGUAUACCAGAAGACCAGUUUCAGAUAGCUUUGGAACCGGAAGCCGCAUCCAUCUUUUGUCAACAACAGUUGCCCGACUUCAGCGCUUCUCUUACUGGAACAAAAUACUUAAUUGUUGCUCUAGGAGGUGGCACUACAGAUAUUACAGCUCAUGAAAAAAUAUCAAGUUCAAGAUUACGAGAAUUGAUCUUUGCAACAGGAAACAGUUAUGGUGGUGCCACGGUGGAUGAUAGGUUCUUACAAAUGUUUACCGUCAUAGUUGGACAAGACAUUAUUUCAGAUAUUAAACAAAACUAUCCAAUGGCUUACAUUAACAUUUUCCAAGGUUUCGAACUUGUAAAGCGCAAUAUUACUACAACAAAUUCACAGAAAGUGAAAGUCAGUACUCCAUUAUCUGUCUUGGAUUUGAAAUGUAAACAAGUAUUAGGUAAGGACUUCCGGUCUGCUAUUAGUGCGUCAAAGUUUUCAAGUGCUAUUGAACUUUAUGAUGAUACAAUGCAUGUUGAUGUAGGUUUAAUGAAAGCGUUUUUUAAUGUGACAAUCAAUAAUAUAUUAGAUCUUAUCAAAACGAGGCUUCAAGAACCUGCAGUAUCUGAUGUAUCUCAGAUACUUCUUGUAGGUGAAUUUGCAGAAAGUUCCUUGAUGCAAGACAAAGUGAAAUCUGAAUUUCCUGAUAAAAGAGUUAUCGUACCUGAAGCAGCAGGGUUAACUGUUUUAAAAGGGGCCGUUUUAUUUGGCCACAACCCGUCCUAUGUACAAUCCCGUGUAAUGCGAUAUACAUACGGUGUAGGCAUCAGCGAUGAAUUCGAUCCAGCUAUUCACGAUGAAGCACAUCUUGUUGUCCAGAAAAACGGUUCGAAGUUAGCAAAGCACAUUUUUGAUGUUAUUAUCAGAAAGAACCAACUUGUUGAUGCCGGUACAUCUAUUGAUAGCGAAUAUCUAACUAUAGAUCCCAAUCAGAAAACAAUGGAAUUUGAAUUGUAUUUUUCAUCCAAUGAAAAACCUGUUUAUAUAAAUGAGACGGACUGUAAGCCCUUGGGAUCCGUAAUCAUUCAUUUUCCCGACGUCUGUCAAGAAGAGAGGGAUGUGAAAGUGUCAUUUGUUAUAGGGAAUACAGAAUUAGAAGUGAAGGCAGUUGAUAAAAAGUCAAGACAAACAGUUACAGCAGAAUUCAAUUUAUUCUAACAUUCAAAUGAUAAUGAACGACCAUUAUAUUUUCUGUGUAGAUUUGUUUGGAAAGAACAGCAAAUAUGAUUGAAUAUAAAAAAAAAUAUCCAAUCCACUCCGAAAAACAAAUGAUCGUCCCUUUAAGUCGAAAAAAGCGAAAUAUCUGUUUAUGUUUUAAUAUACAAUUUUUUAUCGGUCGUCCCUCUGUCUAUAUCACUCUGGUCAAAUACGUUGACCCGGCCUUAAUAACUUUGACCCGGACAUAUCAGCGACGUCAUAAUGUUUGAACCGACGUUAAUAACUUUGACCCGAACUUAUCAAGUCAUAUGUUUGUGAUGGCGAAACAAAGAAAACACUUCCGAAACACGCAAAUAUAGCCCGAUAAAUCGAUUAUCAGAUUAUCUGCAUAUUGAUAUUGUAAAAUAUCAGCUGCUUGACAUUAUAUGAAGGCUUUUUGAUCUCGUUCGCUACGCUCACUCGACAAAAAGCUUCAUAUUAUGUCUCGCAGCUGAUAUUUUACGAUAUCAACAUGCAGAUAACCUGAUAAUCGGUACAUAUUCACAGGAUAUAUAUGUAGUAGACAUUUUUAACAAUGUAAGAAUGAGUUGUACCUGCGUAUCAAGUCCUAAUAUUGUU